GUCGUUGAUUACCGUAAACGUCUGAUAUGUUCUCAUUGGACGAAGCGCGAUAAUACCGCGACCCGAUAAUAAGGCGAAAGCAGUAAAUUUGGAAUACAGUCUCAAUAUCACUUGGGUGGAAAUGAAAAGCAACUGUAAUAAUGAAAAACCCAGAAACCGCCUACGAGACUGACUGAAAACUGAAACAAACCGCGGCAAAAUAUCGAUACGGACGUGACAUCGAAAUCGAGAUCUCGACGAAUGUCACGUGACGUCAGGCAGUCGAACGGUACGAAGUGAAGUGAACGUGAGUUGUACAUAACCUCAUCGUGCCACAAUUCCGUUUCUAUCGACUCAUCCUUGCCUAAUAAGGCAAAAAAAGAAAAGAAAGCGAAGAGACUGUCGAUUCCUCGACGCACAUCCACGACUCCAGCUUCUCUCGUCCUUGACGUCCCCAAAAAGGUGAAGCGUCCGUUUGCGAACAACAAAUAAUGUCUGACCCGCGUAUAAGAACGCUCAAGAUUAAGACAGGAGUAGUGAAGCGUCUCGCGAAAGAAAAGGUCACGUACGAAAAGGAGGCGGCGCAACAGCGCGAGAGGAUACAAAAGUUGAAAGAACAGGAUAAAGACGGCUACGACAUAAAGAAGCAAGAGGAGGUGCUUCAAGAGUCCCUUAUGAUGGUACCAGAUUGUCAAAGACGUCUCGUUAAAGCAUUUGAAGAACUCAAGAAGAUUCUGGAAACUGAGCAAGAUUUAAAGGAAAUUGAAGAUUACAUUGAGGCUGAAAAAGUAUUGCAGGAAGCGGAAGAACAGUUGCCGAAAGAAGGAGAUAUCUUGCAGAUGUGUUAAAAAAGUGCUCUUUAAUGAUUUUCGCUAAAUUAUUUUC